AUGGAGCCGCUUGCCCUGGCUUUAGGGGCCGUGGCGGCUUUGUUCGCCUCCGUAGACGUCUGGUACCUGCUGAGGAUGCCCUUGGCCAUGCUGUACGCCAGGUGGUUGCUGCCCACCGUGUGGGACUUGCUGGAGGAGCAGAGCUUCCAGGGCCUGGUGCUGCCUUCGGACCUGGACUGCUUGCUGCACAUGAACAAUGCGCGCUACCUGCGGGAGGCCGACGUGGCCCGGUGCGUGCACAUGGCCCGCUGCGGGCUCUUCCGGGCCGUGCGGGCCCUGGGGGCUCACACGGUGCUGGCCGCCUCUUGCUGCCGCUACCGGCGCUCUUUGCGCCUCUUGGAGCGCUUCGCCGUCCGCACUCGCCUCCUGGGCUGGGACGAGCGGGCCUUUUUCUUGGAGCAGCGCUUCGUCAGCGCCCGGGACGGCUUCGUCUGCGCCGUGGUGCUCGUCCGGCAGCACGUGGUGGGCGCCAGCCCGGACAAGGCCGUUUCGCAUCUGUGCCGGAGAAAGGUAGAGUCACCAGAGCUUCCUGAAGAGGUCAAGCACUGGCUUAAAUACAAUGAAGCCAGCAGCCAGAGAUUGAGAGCGGAGAGCAACAUGCAGAAGAACAGCAAAGACCAGUAG